AUGACGGUGCUGCGAGGCUUCGUGCGCAGCUACCGGCGCCUGGUGGCGACGUUCGUGGCGCCGCAGAGCUGUCCGAUCUGUCUGGAGGCUGUGCCUGUUCUGGCGCUGUGCGACGUGGAGGAGGAGGGCGAUGAGGCCCACGCGAAGCUGCACUGUCGACACCGCUUCUGUGCUGAGUGCAUUCGGAGGUACAUUGAGAUGAGGAUCCGAGCGCGAGAAGUGGACGAAGAUCAGUUGGUGUGUCCCGUGUUGGACUGCAAGCAGAGUAUCAAGGAGGAAGGCAUGGAGCUUAUUGUGGGGGUCAAGCAGACUGCGCAGUAUCGAGCCGUGCUGAAGCGCAAGAGGGACGAGAAGAACCCGAGCGCGAGGUGGUGCCCACGCCCGGGGUGUGACGAGCUUAUCAUUUUUGAGAGUACAGACAACUUCACGUGUCCGAAGUGCGCGACAGUCGGCUGCUUCCGUUGUCGUGGGUACGCGCACCGCUUCUGGUUCUGUCGGGGCGGGGAGGACAAGUCAUACCUGGCCUGGGAGGCAACGAAGGCUGCAACCACAUGA